CAGCAAUUGAUAUCAGAGCUUUGAGGAAUCUCCUCUUCUUCUCAAUAAAAUACUAAGCUUCCCGUCAUCCCGCCAAGAUGAUAUGCGAUCGCUGUCUCCUCCGCGCCUCGCGCUCCCUCACCCGCGUUUCCAUCCACGAUGCCCCCCGAGCCUUCACCGCAUCCAUGAUCCCUAGACAAUCCCUCAUCGCCCGCCGCUUCGCCUCCACGGACUCCUCCUCCCAACCCACCACCACCUCAACCACCUCCUCCGACACCACCUCCCCCAAAUCUGCCAUCGCCCUCUCCUCCGUCCCCGCCGGCACCCCUCUCAAAGGCAUCAACUACCUCAAAUCCGCCUCCGACCCUCUCGCCCUCGCCGACGACGCCUACCCCCCCUGGCUCUGGACCCUCCUCUCCUCCACCAACGCCUCUACCCUCGCUGACCCCGCCUCGGAAAUCGACCCGACCAUGCCGCGCAAGCAGAAGAAGAAGCUGCUGAAGAAGAUCGCGAAGGAGCGCGCGGCCGGGAAAGAGGAGGCAACGGUGCCGGUGUAUGAGCAGACGGUGGAUUUGCCGGAGGGGGAUGGGAGUGUGGAGGCGGGGGAGAGGGCGAGGAAGGAGAGGGAGGGGUUGAGGAGGGCGUUGAGGGGAAAGAAUCGCGCAGGGAUUAAGGAAGCGAAUUAUUUGAAGACGAUGAGGUGA